AUGGAUUUCGGGAUGAGGUUGACAGCGAUGCCGCUUCACGACGCGACACGCGAUUUGAUUCUGCUCAAUCAGCAACGACUUAGCGAUGUGGAAGUGAAUCUCCAACUUGAAGCGAACAACGAGCAACUUGAGGCAAUGGCCAAGGAUUUGGAGGUCGAGCACUCUCGCUCGGACAUCAUUUUGAAAGAUAUGUUGCCCACACAGAUUGCCAAUCAACUGCUAAAUGGGGAACACAUUGAGCCUUGCGAGUACGAGGAGGCAACGGUGAUGUUCUCGGAUAUUCCAAAUUUCUCCUCAAUCCUCCCGCAAACAAACCCGAAAGAGAUCGUGCAAUUGCUAAACGAUUUGUUCACGCGUUUCGAUCGAUUGAUCUCGUUUCAUCAGGUCUACAAAGUGGAAACAGUUGGCGAUAGCUAUGUGACAGUUUGCGGGAUUCCUGAGUUCAUCCCGCAGCACUGCGAGUUCAUUUGUCACACAGCGUUGGGAAUGAUUUGGGAAGCUCGUUCAGUAUUGGAUCCGAUCGCGAAAAGCCCAUUGCAAAUUCGAAUCGGCAUCCACUCGGGUCCGCUGGUCGCUGGGGUGGUUGGCUCGAAAAUGCCGAGAUACAGUCUUUUCGGCGAGACGGUCACGAUGGCAUCGCGACUCGAAACGCACGGAUUGCCCGGGAAAAUUCAUUGCAGCGAUCGAGCGUUUAAAUGCGCUAAUGAAACAGGCCGUUUCGAGUUUCAGUCACGCGGUCGGAUCACGAUCAAGGGGAAAGGAGAGAUGGAUACCUAUUUUCUUCUUCGGAGCAACAAGAAAAGUGUUUGGGAGAUCGUGCACAGAGAGCGCGACGUGAAUUUAAACAGCAUUGAUGGGUAUGACGAGCUGGAGUCAGGCACCGAAUUCGCCGACGUGAAAAAGGAGAAUGAGACGAUGCGCCCUGUCAAAGAAUCGAAAACAUGCUCGAUUCAA